CAGGGCCGCGUCGGCAUGCUGUGCACGGACCAGCUGUGCACGGACCAGCGCGCACAGCCUCCCCUAAACUUCCUCUGUCACCUUAGGUUUGAGUGUAGCUCACCAUCGCUUCGGUCGGGUGGUGCGCACCACUACGAUACCCUACGGUACAUACGAUACGUAGAUAGCCCUACAUACAUCGCCACCCCUCGAGGAACGAACUCUUCAGCACCUGCACUUCAGUGGGCGUAUGCACACCUCCCUGUCCUCUCCCCAUCCAUUGUGGCUGCCUGUCAAGGCCAGAUCCAUGCAUUCGACUCUCAGGAUCUCAUCGAUGUCUACAUCCCAGACGGCCCUGAGACUGUCCUCUACCGUUGCGAGCAGCAGCCGUGCCCAAAUCGGACACCCCGAUCGAUUGAGGAGGAUUACCCUUGUUACAAGGCAAUCAGAUGGGCUCAACACCCCCUUGGCCCCCGCAGCACCCUCGCAUCUCGAUCCGCCUUGCGGUAUUCUCGCCCUGUCUCCCCCAGCUCCCGACUUCCUCAAACUGUUGUUGCCAGUCCAAGUCAAGCACGAGGAGAUCUCCCUCCAGACCCUGCGCCAGAGCCUGAGCCUAAGGAGAGUGCAAGUGAAGAAGAAGUCUCAGAGUUCGAGUCCGCGGAUCCUGCUCGGCCCACCUUGCCGACAGCGCUCGCCUCUGCGUCAGCAGUCCCUAACGUACGUGACCCCCCCACCAAACUUCCUUCGGCGCCUUCACCGCCAACUCCACCGAGAGGCCGCUCGAGCACUCGCUCCUCUCGAAGUUCGACUAGCGGAGGGCCACCACAGCCGCCUCCGCCCCCACAGCGUCCUCUGUCCCCCCCGACGCCGAUAAUGUCGUCCCCUACAGCCGCCCCCGACAAGGAGACUUUGAAGCUCCUCCUCCCACUCCAAUAUGAUGGCAAAACCAUCAUCGAGUGCAACCGGUUCCUGUCGCAGCUGCGCAUCUACUGGUUGGUUAACACGUCAUUGACCACCAUUGAGCUUAAGGUGCAGGUCGCACUAAGCCUGCUCGAUGGAGAUGCCCGUGCCUGGGCCACUCCCUACUUUGCCCAGCUUGUGUCGGUGCAGAUAGGAGUACAAGGGGCCACGACCCCAUUCAGGAACGAAGUGGCCUUUGCCGCCGCCUUCAAGGCCCGCUUCAGAAAUCUCGAUGAUGAGGCGGCAGCACAAGUGGAGCUGGCGAAGCUCUGC